UCCAAGUCUCAUUGACUAUGGUCUCCAUUAUCCUUUCAACAGGUGGCGCCAAGUUCUUUGUCUGUUAAGUUUUAGCUGCAAUGGAAAGCUCACCGGGUGCCAAGCGUCGGAAAUGUUACUUGGCAGAGAGUGAGCCUUUUGUGAUGCCUAGAUCAACGCAAUAUUUUCACAGUACAAGGGAUGCUCAGGACCCUGGAGACCCCCCUCAUGACGUGCUCACCCCGUUAACUCGAGUUCCCCAAGCACUAAAAUCCGCUGGGAAUAAUUCUGAUGACGAGGACUGCCAUUCCGAAGAAUCCGAAUUGAGCACAGAUAACGAACGCGAGCGUUCGGAAUCGUUAAAUGCUAGCGACGAGAACUACGAUGUUCAAGACGACGUCGUGAACUCUGGUGAGGACUAUGGAGAUGAUGAUGACGAGAUGAAUGGAAAUGACCCUGUACCACAGCCCUUGCUCGAACACCUUCUGUCGUCCUGUUUCAAUCAGUUCGGGACGGAGACACUUCCCCAUUCUAUGACGACAAAAGCCGGCGCCAUCGCCAUGAUAAUGGCCCACGUCGUAUCGCAGGGCAUGACGUGGUCGGGCCUCGAUUCUUUGCUCGUGCUCAUCAAUGCCCUGUUUGGAAGGCAAGUCGUGCCGCAAAGCAAAUAUGCUUUCCGCAAGCUUUGGUCAGCAACGACGAAAAACUUGGUUCGCCACUACUACCUUUGUGAGGGCUGUGGAGCAGUUCUGGAAGACGCAGAGACUGCAGCCAGCUGCUCAGUGUGCCAGCAAGGGAUAGAUCUGAAGGUGCUAAAGAGAAUGGAUCCUACUUCGUAAUGCUUGACAUGACGAAGCAACCGUCCUUCGUUAUUGAGAAGACCAAGGAGCUUCUUCACAACAACCUCCUGAAGCUUGCCAUGGAACGUAGUACCUCAUCAAGCGGAAGUGGUGUCACUGACAUAACAACAGGUGAAGCCUAUGAUGCUCUGCGCAGAAAGACUGGGAUGGGGGACAGUGAUCUUUCUUUGACUUUUAACACAGACGGCAGUCCUCUCUUCGUGUCAUCCAAAACGUCUGUUUGGCCUAUUCAAUUCACUGUGAAUGAGCUCCCUCCAAGCAUCCGCUUCAAGCACACCACACUAGCCGGACUUUGGUUCGGAAAAGGCCAUCCAAACAUGACUGCCUUCCUCGCAAAGUUUGUUGAUCAAGUCAAAAGCAUGACGCCCGUGAUGUGGGAGCAUAGCUCUGAGAUGCACAGGUCCAGAGCUUAUGUGCUCUGCUGCUGUGUCGACGCACCUGCGAGGGCAGCAGUUCAGAACAUGGUACUUUUCAACGGCUCGUUUGGAUGUCCCUGGUGCCUCAUAAGUGGGGAACACCUGGAAGGAAGCAUGCGCUACGUGCCCAAGGAACCACCGGCUCCAAGAACAUCUGAGCUUGUGGUCCGAGAUAUGCAGCUUUCCUUGAGAUUGGGGAUCACCAUAAAUGGAAUCAAGGGUCCUUCUCCGCUAAUGAAUCUACCAGGAUUUGAUCUUGUGGCCGCAGUGAGCGUCGAGUAUAUGCACGCCGUUCUUCAAGGAGCAGCAAAGCAGUUUACAGAACUGCUGCUUUCUUCAUCCAACUCUCAAAAACGGUUCUACAUAGGAGCACCAUCCUGCGUGGCACGGGUCAACAGCCGCCUCCUCCAGAUCAAGCCACCACACUGUGUGUCAAGGCUGCCUCGUUCACUCAACGAGCGCAGUUUCUGGAAAGCGUCAGAGUGGAGACUCUGGCUUCUGGUUUACGCUCUUUCUUGCCUCGUGGACAUUCUGCCUCUGGAGUAUUGGAAACAUCUCUCCAAGCUCUCGCAAGCAAUACACAUCUUGCUACGUGAGACCAUCACAGCCGACGAGAUCAAGCGUGCAGAAAAUCUGCUGAUCGACUUUGUUGGUCGCUGUGAGGCCUUGUAUGGAGUGGCUUCGCUUACGUUCAACAUGCACCAGCUCCUCCACCUGCCAAACUCCGUGCGUCAGUUGGGACCACUUUGGGCGCAAUCCGCAUUUGUUUUCGAGGGAGGAAACGGAAAGUUGGUGAAGCUGGUCUCUGCAGCUAGAGGACUUCCGGAUCAAAUCGUAGAGCGAGUCGUAAUGACGCAGCAGCUUGAAUGCCUUCUGGCAGAUAGCAACGUGGCAAUCAGUGCCAAUGAGCGGAGUGUGUGUGAAAGAUUUCUUGAUUAUUCACACAUCCAGAAUGCCUGCUAUGUUGAUGAAGCAUGCUUGCUAGGACGUGAAAAAGCUGCCAUUCUAACAGCUAUCGAGGAACGUGCGCUAGAGGUCUACGGUGGGACAGGCACAGUUGGCAGCGCUUUGGAAUACCAGCGUUUUGUGUACAAGGGGCAGGUGUUCCAUAGCACCGCAUACACAAGAGCUUCAAAGAGUGACACCACUGUAGUGUCAACUGCUGAUGGGGAGUAUUUCAGAAUUAAGAGAAUUCUCCAUGUUGCUGGUCUCGGGUGCACGCUCCUUUGCAGACGGCUGGUGUUACGGGAGACACCACUCUUUCCUGAGCAUAUAAAGGAAUGUUUUCCUUCGCAGGUAGACAUCUGUAAGGUGCUGAAACCCGAGGACAUUAAGGCCAACUGCCUUUUCAUGGUGUUUCCGGCUGACAGCAAGUGCUUUGUGUGUGACAUGCCGAACAAAAUUGAGAGGGACUAAAGUUCUUUAACAUGUAUACAGGGCUUUUUUUUCCUCAUUCUUUACAGAAUUUAAAAAAGCGUGUGUUGGGUACAUAGAUUCCGUCUUCUCUGUGUACUUCUGGGGCUCGGCAGACAUUAGAUGAGUGGAUAAACGUCACAAUAUUUUGACUAAUUAAUCAAAAUGUGUUGAUUGAUGUUUUAAUUAACAGUUUAAUGGGCCACAUACACUAUCAGUUUUAAAGAGCGCAAUGUCUAUCUGGCAUUUAAGUGAUGCGACAGCUCUCUAUGCUGUAGAUGAGCAAUUUAGCCAGUGCAGUGUAACCGCUAGACUCGGGUCUUUAAUGUGCAUCAUGCAAUAGUAAUACACAAACAUGUGCCAGCACGAUGCUCAUCCAGAUCGAAAUGGGUAGGGGUUGUGGAUAGAACCGAAGAAUAUUACCGCUUGCAUGUGAUCGCACAUACUUCAUUACUUUUCUCUUUCAAACUUAAAAUGCAUUUGGUGGUGCAUGUUUGUGCACUUUUUGGCUUGAGUUUGCUGUGCUGUGCUUGAGCAGACCUCUAAAGAGGGUAAUACCUUCUUUUGGGUAAUGAUGCAGAGUCGUUGCAUUUCAUGCUUUGUCAUUGUUGAACUUCACUUUCAUCAACCAUGUUCUAUUUAUGUCCUUUGCUGCUUGUUUUAGAUGCUAUAUUCUGUCAAAAUGGUUUUAUUGUGUAAAGCAUUGCAUAUUAUCAAAUGUACUAAAGUGGAAAGAAAAAUAAAGCACUGCUGCCUGAUUGCACUAAGGGAUAAAGACCACUACCGGGUGGUCUGUGU